AUGUUGAUCCUGAACUCUGUGGCUCCUCAUUUCCUUGUGCCCUCGGGGAUCCACAAGUCCUAUCCGAUGCAAAACCCCAUAUCUUUGUUGUCGCUUUGCUCUCUCACUUGCGUUUCUGACUGCAGGGAAAAAAAAUAUAGCCCCUUCACCGCACUCCUCUUCUCCCGCCUCUUUCUCGUCUCGACACCCUUUUCUCCCCGAGUCCCGCUGAUGCAUGCACUAUCCCUCGUCGACAACUACAUCUUCCCAAUUUCUGCAAGUACUACGCACGAUGGCUCGCUACAUUACCGAGGCUAUGUCAUGGGCUCUAGUGGGAUGGUUUCUGGCACCAGAAAGAUGGACAAAUAA